AUGACCAUCCAGAACGGCGACGCCAUGAUUGACACCACCACAAACGCCUUGGACUACACCAAGGCGCUCGAGGUGCUCAAGAACGAGUACCAGGAGCGCGACGGCAUUGACGUCCAGACUCUCAUCGAUUCCAAGAAGAACGGUGGUCUGACCUACAAUGACUUCCUCAUGCUCCCUGGCUACAUCGGCUUCCCUGCCGCAGAAGUCAGCCUCGACACUCCCAUCACGAAGCGCAUCACCCUCAAGACGCCCUUUGUCUCCUCGCCCAUGGACACGGUCACCGAGCACAACAUGGCCAUCCACAUUGCUCUCCUGGGAGGUCUCGGUGUCAUUCACCACAACUGCUCUCAGGACGACCAGGCCGAGAUGGUCCGCAAGGUCAAGCGUUUCGAGAACGGCUUCAUUCUCGACCCCAUCGUCAUCUCGCCCAAGACCACAGUCGCCGAGGCAAAGGCUCUGAAGGAGAGGUGGGGUUUCGGCGGUUUCCCAGUCACCGAGGACGGCAAGCUUCGCUCCAAGCUCAUCGGUAUCAUCACGCCUCGUGACAUCCAAUUCCACGACAACGUCGACGACCCGGUCACCGCCGUCAUGUCCACCGACCUCGUCACUGCUCGCCACGGCGUUGACCUUAAGGAGGCCAACACCAUCCUGAACAACUCGAAGAAGGGCAAGCUCCCCAUUGUCGACGAGGACUUCAACCUGAUUGCGCUCCUCUCGCGCUCCGACUUGAUGAAGAACUUGAACUACCCGCUUGCAUCCAAGCUUCCCCACUCCAAGCAGCUGAUUGCUGCCGCCGCUAUUGGCACCCGACCCGAGGAUAAAAUCCGCCUCCAGAAGCUCGUCGAUGCUGGCCUUGACAUUGUCAUCCUCGACUCCAGCCAGGGUAACUCCAUGUACCAGGUCGAGAUGAUCAAGUACAUCAAGGAGAAGUACCCUGGUCUCGACGUGAUUGGCGGAAACGUCGUCACUCGUGACCAGGCUGCCGCGCUCAUCGCCGCUGGUGCUGACGGUCUCCGUAUCGGCAUGGGCAGUGGAAGUGCUUGCAUUACCCAGGAGGUCAUGGCUGUCGGACGUCCCCAGGCUACUUCCGUCUUCAACGUUACAUCGUUCGCUAAGCGUUUUGGCGUUCCCUGUAUCGCGGACGGUGGUAUUCAGAACGUUGGUCACAUUGUCAAGGGUCUCGCUAUGGGUGCUUCCACCGUUAUGAUGGGUGGUCUCCUGGCUGGUACCACGGAGUCUCCUGGUGAGUACUUUGUCAGCCGUGACGGUCAGCUUGUCAAGGCCUACCGUGGUAUGGGCAGCAUCGCCGCCAUGGAGGAUAAGAAGGCCGGUGCUGGUGCUGCCGACUCCAAGGCUAGCAACGCUGGAACUGCCCGCUACUUCUCCGAGGGCGACCGCGUGCUUGUCGCCCAGGGUGUCUCUGGAUCCGUCCAGGACCGCGGUUCCAUCACCAAAUUCGUGCCGUACCUUAUGGCCGGUGUCCAACACUCGCUGCAGGACAUUGGUAUCAAGAGUCUGACCGAGAUGCACGAGGCCGUUGACAACGGUUCCGUCAGGUUCGAACUCCGAACCGCAAGUGCUCAGGCCGAGGGCAACGUCCACGGCCUGCACAGCUUCGACAAGAAGCUCUACUCGUAG